AUGUCUUCCUCUUAUGUUAUCCUCGGCGCAGGCGUCAUCGGUCUAACAACCGCUCUCGAGCUCCGCGAACGCUAUCCCCAAGCCAACAUCAUCAUCGUCGCCAAAUUCCUCCCCGGCGACCGUGACGCCUCAUACACAUCUCCCUGGGCUGGAGCGAAUUGGCUCUCCGUAGCCACCGACAACGGCAGACAGGAAGAAUGGGACAGAAUAACAUAUCAAAAAUUCAAAGAACUCGCUAUCAGGACGGCAGAAGUGGGUGUUUAUGCUAUGCCCAUUACUGCUGUUUAUGAUAGUGAGAUUGAAGAUGCUGGUGUGUUGAGUACAGGGACUGGGAAGAUCUGGUAUGAUGGGUUGGUGGGUGGGAUUGCCAUGUUGGGGGAGGAGAGGUUACCUGAAGGGGCGAAGUUUGGGUAUGAGUUGAGUACUUUUGUGGUGGAUACGCAGGUCUAUCUUCCUUGGUUGCAAGGAGAAGCUCGCCGUCAAGGUAUCGAGAUUCGAAGAGGCAUGUUUGAAUCUCUUGAUGAGCUAUUCACUGCUUUCCCGGAUGCCAAUGCGUAUUUCAAUUGUACUGGGUUGGGAUCCUACUCUUUGAAAGGCGUUGAAGAUAAGAGCAUCUAUCCGACAAGAGGUCAAAUCAUGCUUGUCGAAAGCCCAAAGACUACAAUGACUCGCAUGUACUUCCGCUCGCCGCAAAGAGUCAACAAAGACACUACAUACGUCUUCCCUCGAGGCCCUCACAACGGUGUUGUGCUCGGAGGUAUUCGCCUUGACAACGACUGGAGUGGAGAAGUCGAUCUCGAGCUCGCUGAAGAUAUCAAGCAGCGAUGCUGCGCUCUUGCUCCGGAGUUGGGAAAGCCGGAAGACUUGAAAGUGAUAUAUCACGGCGUUGGUUUGAGACCGAGCAGAAAGGGCGGUGCUAGACUGGAGAGGGAGAGGUUCGCUGAGCAUCUGGUCAUCCAUAAUUAUGGCGCCGGUGGUGCUGGGUAUCAGGCUUCAUGGGGCAUGGCGAGGGGGGCCGUUGAUUUACUACAGAAAGACUCUCGUCUGUAG